UAAUCUGUGCUCAGUACGUUUCCAGAAAAUGGUCGGGUUGAUUGUCGAAGUCUGACACGUAUUUCGCUAAAAAUCGUAAAUAUUUUUCCAAAAACUUUAUCAUGUUUGCAUUUUCAUUGUGAUAUUCCAUAAGCCACUGUUAUAAUAUUCAAGAUGGAGUUCCGUGAGACGUUACUAGCAGCCCAGCGUAAUCAACAAGAAAAGUCAUCUGUUAGUAAUUAUUAUUACAAAGCCAAGUUUGAUCCUCCGAAAAAGGAACAAAAAGCAAAAGAUAGACUUUCAGCAAAUAUACAAAGGUUUCUGGCAAAGAAAGAUGAAGAAGAGAGACAAAAGAAAUUGGAGGCACAGAGGAAGAGGGAGGAAUUACUUGCUAUGCGUGACCCCAAGGCUCUUAGAAAGAUACAAAAAACUUUGAAAGUAAUAAAAUCUGCCAACAAAUCUGUAAUCGCUGAUGCCAUAGACAGAGAUAAUACUGCCGUAACCAGAGAAGGGCCAGACCAACCUGAUCAAGACGAUUAUGGCUACGAAUCACAAGCUGCUGCUGCUAUUUACGAGAAAAUGAUGCAAAAAUACAGUAAAUUGCCUGAUGAACCAAAAUUUCCUAGUACCAGCAGUUCACAUAAUAAGGAUUUGAAUGGCACCAGAGAAAGGGUUAAGCAUGCUUUGAAACAUGAAGAUGAUCCUGUGCCUCACAAGAGGAGACGUCGCACAGAAAAUGGAGAUCGGGAGUCAAGUCCGCCUCAAAAGUAUGAACCAGAGAAAGAUAAAAAGCCAGACAAGCCAAAAAUCCGAAAGCCCGCGCCGCCGCCCAUAGAUUUCAAUCAGCUUUUAAAGAUUGCCGAGCAAAAGAAAAGUGAACCAAUCGAUAUUGCUGCAAAGAAAGCUGUGGCUGAACCCGAACCAGACAGACUGAUGACAAAGAAACAGAAGAGGGAAUAUGAAGAGGAAAUGGCGAGACGGCAGCGCAGGCAAGAACGGAUCGAUGCUGAGAAAGCUGGGGGUCGGAAAGUUUCAAAGGAGGAAAGGCCACCAGAAAAAGAAUACAAAUCAGAAACAACUGGUGGCUUUAAAAGGAUACCAAAAAUCGGUGAGAAAUCGUCAACAUUAUCAUCAAGUAUCAAGAAUGAUUAUCCAAAACAUAACGACAGGGAGAAGGUUUCAUCUGACCGGGAAAGAUCCGAGAAAAUGCAAAGAGAAAAAGAUAGAGCUAGAUCAGAUCGAGACAAAAUAGAAAGGGAAAAGGAAAGAAUAGAUAAAGAAAGAUUGGACAAAUUAAAGGCAGAGAGAGAACGAAUUGACAGAGAAAUGGAAAGACUUAAUAAAGACAGAGAAAGGUUGGAGAAGACGAAAGCCAAGUUGGAGAGUGUUUCGUUAGACAAGGGAAAAGUAGAGAGAUUAGACAAAACUAAACUAAGCAAAGAGAUUGCCAUGAAACAAGAAGCUAAGAAAAGUAUAGACUUAAAGAGCCAAAACACAUACAGGAUAGACAAAAAUUCGAAUGAGAGAAAAGUACUGCCACAAAAGCCUGACGGUAAACUAACAAAUGGCCACAAUUCACAAAGUAAACCAGUGCCAAAACUUAGUAAAGAAAGCUUAGAUAGGAAUGGUAUGAAGGAGAGAAUGGCAUUAGCGAAACAAAGAGCUUUAGAUAGUAGCCCUAAGGUUAAUGGUCAAGUGAGACCUGAAAAUGGUAAGCGAUUAGAGCCUGGCAAAAGUAUACCUAAGAAGGUAGAUGAUAGAAGACCAAUGCAAGGUGCUUCUAAACAACAAGGUGGACCGAGUAAGCCUGUGAUAUCUAAUAGUUUUGAUUUUGAUAAGCAUGUUAAUUCAUUGGGUAAAAACGGACAUAAGAAACUACCACCCGGUGACAGGAGGAGGCCAAAUCCGAAUGAUAUAAGAAGAAAACAAAAAUCUCGCAUAGAUUCAGAUUCAGAGUACGAUUCCGAGAUGGACGACUUCAUCGACGAUGGCGACGAGAAUCUCGAUUAUUCGUCUGCAAUCAAAGAAAUAUUUGGCUACGAUAAAUCAAGGUAUCGAGACAUGGACGAUGAUGACGACCCUACAAUGGAGUCUAGUUUUGCGCGACAACAGCGCGAAGAAUAUAUAAGCAAGAAAAUUGGUAUUAUGGAGGACUUGGAAGACAUGCGACUUGAAGCAAUGGAGAAAAAGAAAAAAGGUAAAAGAAGGAUAUCUGAUGAUUGACGACCAAACUGCUUCCACGGAUAACUUUGGACCAACCGAACUUUGUUGUGUUGUGUGUACACUGUACUGAUUGUUGUGCUUAAAUUGUAUAAUUUAAUAUGUGAUUAAAAAUUACUUGCUAAAAAUUACUUAUACUUUUGGGCAAAUUUGUUAAACGUAACAAAAUAUUAUAAAUAAUAGACAAUAUGAUGUUCACUUGGUGAUUAUUAUUUUAGCACAAAAACGGCUUGCGCUUGAUUUGUAUAAAUGUGAAGUUUAAAAGAAUUACAGUUUAUUGAUUUCUUUAAACGAAGUAUUGUGUUGUAUAAAUGAGUACAGAUCUCUAGUUUAACCAUUAAUAUGAACUUUUUGUUUGUCUUACUGGAUGAAAUUAAACGGCAACACAUAAUUAUUAUGUCUUAUUAUUAUGCGUUUUUUGACACUGUGUUACUAUUUUUAGGAUAUACUUUAAAAUAUAUUUAGAUUAAUUUAAGACA